AACACCAAAAGCAGAGACCGGACACCGGAGGCAUCUCUCUCAUCACAUUCACAAGUCACAACAGUCCAUUUCAGCCUCUGCACUGUCACUCUGCGCCCUCUUUUCUCACUUCUCAGCCUCCCAAGGCACACGCACAGGGCCCCGGAGGAGAGCAAGGACAGCGGAGGAGAAGCUGCACGAACCAUGGCGAGAGUAGAAGCGGUGGUCAUCUGCCUCCUGGUCCUCGCCAUGGACGUCGCCGCCGGCGUGCUCGGAGUCCACGCGGAGAAGGCUCAGAACCAGGGCAGGAACCUGCGGAUCCUGUUCAUCGAGUGCCGGCAGCCGGUGCGGCGGGCCUACGAGCUCGGCAUAGCGGCGGCCGCGGUGCUGGCGGCGGCGCACGCCAUCGCCAACGUGGCCGGCGGCUGCGCGUGCGCCUGCUCCGGCGACAAGCUCCGCCGGGCGUCGCCCAACCGCCAGAUGGCGUCCUUCGCCUUGGUCCUCACCUGGAUGGUCCUCGUCGUCGCGCUCGCGCUGCUGGUGCUCGGCGCGCUGCCCAACGCGAAGCGGAAGCUGGCGGAGUGCGGGGUGGCGCGGCACCGCUUCCUCUCCAUCGGCGGCGUCCUCUGCUUCGUGCACGCGCUCUUCUGCGCCGUCUACUACGCCUCCGCUAGCGCCGCCGCGCGGGAGGAUCGCCGCGCCGGCGCCGCGCCGCACGCGUAGUGUGUCCCUCCAUGACGCUGUAUCGUGCUCUUGAUGAUGCUGUUGCGCAGAAGACACACUAUACGCCUGCUGUAUUGCUCAGCUAAUCCCAUAUCUUCUCCGCCGCGAGAUCACAUGGGAUGUAAAUUUGUUUGCCUGGUUUCUUGAACGAUCAUGCAUGGUUGUUGGUAUGCUCGCCGUACGUAUCAGUGAAAUCUUUCAGGAACUCGAUGGCACGAUGCUUCCACAGUGGUCUCUCGAUCAGCACAAUCGAGAAUGGGUCGAGUUGACACAACAUUCAUGAGAAGUUCAGCACCGUGUGACUUCUUUUUUUUCCGUCCGGGAUCGCCAUAGGUAUAAGGUUCUCAAAAUUUUUCAAGAUUAUAUUGUC